GGGCAAGACUUCGACAUAGCUUGUCCCACAACAAGAAGGCGUCAUCUGUCAUCCGCUUCCUUCCAGAAGGCAAGAAUAAAGGUAUUAAAAAGAAAUCUAGGCAAGAAUGCCAACCAAGUAGAAGAAAAGRAAGGCCUUGAAUUAAACAAGAAGGAAACCCAAUUGGACAAGAAACCGAAUUCAACUCUUCCCCGAUCCGAUAACUAGCGCGUGUACGACAAUCCACUGGGCAGUUUUGAUUUUCGUGCGUUCUGCUCCUUACYAUGGGCAAGAAGAAAGGAAAGGGGAAGCCCUCGUCGGCAGCAAAAAAGAAGAAGAAAACCCAGAGUUCCAAAUCCUCUUCUGUCACUGCUCCAUCGUCAAGCGACGAUGUGGGAAAGGGACCAAAUGCCGCUGUUGCCGAUCGCGUAGAUGAUGCCCCUUCCACGGAAGAGMUUGCGACUACAGACGAUGCACGCGCAGGGAUUGGGGAGACGAACGRCAAUGGAGUUUCUAUUGAAAACGAUGAAACCAGUGCCGACAAAGAGAMACCRAGCGAAGACAUACGAAAAAGAGCAGUUGCUGCUAACAAUCAUGUUGAUGCCAACUCCUACAUGAAAGAGGAUUUGACUGAAAAUAAACCAUCAGCUCAGMAURCAAACGGCAAUGAAUCMCCUGCUAGAAAUGGCCAAAAUGGCAAGGCUAAAAACAUCCCGCUUGAAGAUACAGAAAAGGAAGAMAUGGUUCAAGAUACCGAUCAUAUUGAUUCAGCCCCCUCCACGAAUGACAUUUCGACUACAGAUGAUAAUACAAGCACACAGAAUGARGAGGAGAAGGACGAGGGACUAUCAAUUGAAAAUGACACAACGAUUAGCCAAAAAAUCUCCUCCRCAUCCAACGAAGAGGCGAAUACUAAUUUGACCGAYGAAUUUCCCAUUCYUUCGAAGGAACCUUUGGUAUCUAUUGAUCAAAACAASUCAUCUGAAAAUACCGAGAAAGAAAUURGCAAUACCGAUGCACUCGAUCAGACAACAAACAACGGAGGAAAUAAAGUGGCAAAUAACAAUGAUGAUAUAGGAAAUAAUAAACUUGGURAUUACGUCAAAACUUCAGAAGAAACUUUCGAACAAGAUAAUGAACAACCCUUUGCCGAAAGAGACGUCAGAAAAAAUACGGAAGUUACGAGCGACGCAACAAAAAACGAAAUCACAAGCGGCAACGAUCUUAAUUUAGAUGAAUCAUCUGCCAUCUACGAUGACGAGAAAAYUGAAGGUGGUCAUGAUCAURACGAGAACGAUGACUCUUUUAAUGGCAUUGYUAGCAAUUGUAACAGCGAUGAUGAGACGGAAACMACGUACGUUGACGAUAUACCGUUGUUUCAUUAUUCUCGAAUCGCUAGUGCUGGGUUGCCACGGGGCAUURCAAACCCUUCUGUGAAGGAUACGGAUUUAAUGAAAUCGACUUGUUCGGAAUUGGCAGAAAUUAGGAUAGAUCCAGAAGACCUUGUAGUGUCGAGCAACAACACUAUCKCUGGGGCAUCAACGAGUGGUGAUUCGGGCAGAGCGGCUUCUGGGAACAACGACGACAACAAUUCUGUAACAACCGCUGCUUCUGCCUCAUCGGCGGCCGCAGUGGCAAGGAAUCGGAGAAAGGAACAGAUGCUGCUGCUCUCGUCGGAUCUUUGGCGACAGCCCCAUUUGAUUCUAGCAACAGGAUAUGACGACUCGUCUCAAACCAGUGAAGGGAAAAUCACUUUCACCCGCGUUCAACGGAGCUCAACCAAAACUAGUAGUCCUGCUUCUUCGGUGGUAUUUGCGACAGUCUCAACGGAUAUUGGUGUCGGUGGAAGGGCUACCACUCCAAGCGUGUCUAGCAGUGGUAACAAAUACUCGAACGUYUCGACGGAAUUGUACGUACGAGAACGAGAUAGCGGUGCUUAUAGAGCGGCACAUGGUACGUCAAUUGUGGAUGUAUCUUUCGAUUCCUCCGGAUCYGUUGUUGGAGCUAUUGAUAAGGGAGGGCACUGUGCCAUCUGGGAAUUCAAGUACACAACGUCGCUCCAAUAUAGUUCGUUAGUCUUUGGUGAUUCCAGUGGGAGCAGUCAAGSCGKCUCAGAUUCCAAUACGCCAACGACAACCCCAACAUCGACACGCCCUCCUGUUUCAACCGUAGCAGCCGCUCCUAGCAUGUUUUCCAAUUUUAUGUCGGUGAUAACUGGAAUUCCACCUCCUGAUGAAAGUUUUGUAGGAGGGAGUACCCACGGUUUCAAUARCAGUAGCCAUGGGAGCACUACUGCUAGUCCACGCCGAGGUCCGAACACAUCGAACAACACGCAAUCAAACACACUCGUGCCGACUCUCACCGCGGAGAUUCAGUACCAGUCACGAGUCAAUUAUCCGCACAAAUGGGGGCCACCAACUUGCAUGGUGAUCGAUCCAGCCUACAAACAGAAACGAGAAAAGUCCAUGGUGGUUGGCUUUGCCAAUGGAGAGUUGUAUCUGACCAAGCGAGGCAAUUUCUUUCAGCGUCGAAAUGAUACUGUGCUGUAUCAGGCACCACAUGCAGCUGACCGUGGUAGCAAAAACUCGAGCGAUUCGUAUCGCGGAAUCGAAACCAUUGUUUGGAGGGGUCCGUUGGUAGCAUGGGCGGAUGCUUCUGGCAUCAAACUUAUGGAUAUGGACCAUCUAACCCGUAUCGCUCACAUCGACCGACCGGCGGGGGCAUCUCCAUUCCUAUAUCCCAUGAUUCGAGACGUCGAACCCAGUUUGCUGUUUGAAACAGCGCAGCAUCUAUUGGUUGGUUGGGGAGAUUGUUUGAUGCAGAUCUAUAUCGAAGAACACGACGAUGAAACUUCGGCAAUAUCUGCAUCGACCGUUGGGAGUGACGGUGCAUCCGGUACAUCUAAGGUCAAAAAGCGACGGUCUGUGGCGUGCACCAUGGCAUGGGAGCUCGAUUGCGUAGCAUGCGAUGUCGUCCCACUGGACAAGGAUAAUGUUGCGGUUUUGGGCCUUGUCUCGCUCACAAACGACGUUGAUGUUUCACAUUUUAGUCAUGAUCUAGAAAUGCAAAUUUUGUCGCGCAAGGAUGGAACUAUCGCUCACAGCGACUCUCUACCUCUGAUUAAAGGAAGCGUGCACCAGAAUUCUUCUAACAAGAUUGAUCCGGCAAUAUCCGUUCGCAAUUUUCGUCUUAUGUCAUCAUUUGCCCUACCGCGCAUGGACGAUGACGAAGAAACCAAAGUCUUGAGAGCGUUGGGAGGGACCAAUGAUAUGGGUUACACUGGUAUUGAUGUCAGUUUCGAUAUGAACCAACCCCUUUUUGCUCUUUCAAAUCCGUCUUCGAACACGAGUAUUGAGUUUCAUGAUCCACAUAUGCAGUGGAAUACGAAAUCAAUUAYUUUCGAUGGCGAUGACGAUAUUGAGACUGCGCAUAAAGUUUCAUCAGACGAUUCAAGUAUCGAUAGUGACGACUAUGAGUGCAUACUACGACCAAUAGAAACUAUUCAACCAUUGCCUCCACAGUUUACGAUGAACACUGCURAAGCCGGGCCUCCUCCAAUAAUGGUGGUUUGCACAGAUUCGGAUGCAGUUCUAUCACUUACAUCUACCAUUGAUGAUGCAGUAGGAAAUUCGUUAGAUAAAUACAAGUGUGCUGAAGCAUUAUCCCGUGGUUUGAGUCAUAAGCGACAAUUGCGGCGAUACGAUCUCGACGAAUUGAUCAAUUACUACCUGAGAGCUCUUUUGAGAAUUUCGGCAGCUGACGAUGUGGAAGGCGACACCAAAGACAAACCAGCACCGGAAAGAAGGCUACUGCCGUCCUCGUCAUUGUCUCUCCGAAGAAUGCAACUUGCUGUGAAAGCAAUGCCAGUCUUGUUGGGAGAUAGAACUGAAUUGUGGACGAACUGGACGAAAGAGCUAGAAAACAUCCCAGGAGCUCUAUUUUUCUUGAGAAAUUAUCUGCCUGUUCGAGGUAAGUUUUCCAAAGACAGAUUUCUUUGCCAAGAUGACAGAUCAUUGAUUUCUAAAUUUCUGUUUGUUCUACCUUGUUACCACUAGAUCCGAUCCUUCCAUCGGAGAUUUAUCUCAGGAUUCUGGAAAGGAUGAUUGUUGAAGUAGAACAUUUGUCACAGGUAUCGAAGGAAGAGAUCCCGACAUCAAUAGAUWUGUACAUGGAAGCUUCUCGUCACUUUUUGGAAAGUUUGCUAGCAUGGGGUCCUACUAAAGUCCUAAAGGAUUUCAUCUCCUUUUAUAAAUACAAUAGAGGAAAGAGACAGGGAAUAAUGGUCGACAAAGAUAUUCGGGUAACGGAAAUCUCACUUCAACGCCGUUAUUUGCAAACUGCGGCAAGCUAUUUGAUAUUCCCAGUAAGGGAUGUUGAGGAAGAAUUAGAAGUCUCGGCACCCAAAUACGAAGUUCACAACGUGGACACAGAAGAUUCUCUUUUUGAUGUUUCAAUGGCRGUAGCAUUUAUUUCACCUCGAGUACCACUUGUGGCGUUGCCAGGCGACUUAAUCGAAAAAGGAUUGAAUGAGGUCCCGACGGUAUACGCAUCGUYGCGAAACAACCAUACUUGUUUGGAGGCCAUGGCAAGAUUGCGAAUGAUGCAGGGUGAAUAUGACCAGGCACUAAAAUGCUUUUUAGCAAUUGGAGCUUGCCAUGCGAAGGACUCACUUGAGUCGUUUGAAAACACUGCGAUCAGAAUUGUCAACAGUACAGAUGUGAUCUAUGAGAUACCGCCUUCGUCAAUAGGGAACCGUUCAUAUGACUUUGUGAUGAAUUUGAUCGAAACCCAUGUUCUGAAUCAAUUUCUUUUCGAGAAAAACUUUUUGUUAUCAACAGACUCGAAGCUGUUCAUGCCAAUGUUUGCUCUAAUUCGUCUUGUUGGGUUGAGGCGAGUGGGAACUUUCUUGAUGGAGCAUUAUGUCGCWGCCGAUUUUACUUAUGAUACUACUUUGAAAGAACUGAAUAAUUCAGAUUAUUCUGACGAGCCCCUUGAACAGCCGACACGGGUUCUUCGGCUCGGAUCGCUUCCUAUUGAUAAAGUGGCGGAGCAAUUGGAAAACAGCCCUGCUAUACUUCUUUGGUACUUGCAUUUGGUAUUUACGAGAAGACCCGAUUUCUACGUCAACUUCCCUACCAACUCUCUUCCUUCCAAAAGCAUUACUGAUUUGCACCGGAAGCAUUUCCAGCUUUACGUCGAUUUCGCUGGAGAAACGAGGGAUUCAAGCAAGGUAUUGAGUGGAAUAGAAUCUUACAAGGUUGAGUCAAAGACAACCCCGUUACUAACUUUUUUGAAGGUUGCCUUGCCUCUCGGUGGAAUCCUCCCAGUGGAUGCAAGGCGUGUACUAGAAGUUGAGCGGAGUAAGGAWACGCUCAAUAAGAGUGGUGACAAUGAUAAUGCUCAGGAAACAUCCUCGCCUGUCUUUGCAUUGGAAUUGGCGUAUAUAAUCGAGAUGUAUAGCGAGCAAACGGAGACAGAAGCUCUUGGAAUUUUGAAUCUAUAUUUGAAAGGAGCAAAAUCACUUCCAUUAUCAGUAUCAUAUGCUCAAAGACAAAAGCAAUUCUCUUCGAAACUUUGGGAUCGUCUCAUCUCUCAUUGUCUUGAGAAGACAUCAAGUGGAGCACUCUUUGGGGAACUGCUUGAGGCUGCUGCAUUAUUCGGUGCCGAUCUAGCUCGCUUGGUUGAACGCAUACCACCAGGGAUGGUUGUGGAGGGUCUUCGGCCAAGAUUGGUAGCAGCCGUGGCAGACUAUCGCAUGAAAUUGGAGAUUUACGAAGCAGCCCUGUCAACGGGAUCGGAGGAAGAAGUUGUGUUGAUGCGAGAGAUUGGACACCGCGCACGAAGAGGUGUUCGAUAUAACCUGGAAAAGAACCAGAAAAGUUUUGCGGAAUUGAUUCAAGAAAAAAUUCAAAACGACGAAGAGGUGUCAGGAGAGGCCGGGAGAGUGAAGAACAAUAGUGAUGAACCCACAGAUGCGGUUCAAAAAAUCUCUAGGCCAAAAUUGAGGCGAGAUCACAAACGUCUCGUAUUUUCCUUGCCACGACGCUGAGGUUGGCAUGGUUUUGUGCGCUGAAAGUCGUAAAUAGKGACAAACACUGUAGAUUAAGGUAAUGUUUAAUGACAAAUAGAAAAAAAUCCUCCUUCCGAAUUGCUCCUUUACGUAUAUAAGUCGGUUU